UACUGCGUCGUCAGACGGACCCUCAAUGGGCGGAGAUUUCCGACUUGAAGGCUGGUCCCUCUAACUUCCAAGAGGUGUUGGAAAACCCAAAAACUGGAGACGUGUCAGCAAAUAUGGCGUAUUUACAUGCUGGACUGUAGGCUCUCGCAGGUCGGCUGUGAGUCUGAAACCGGAGGUAAUGUGAAGCUGCCUGACUUCAGAACUGGAAGAAGCUCAAGAAGUCUCCGCACCGCUCAUCUCGCUGCAGACGUGUCACAUGGCCUACACACUUGGAUCUGCACUGGGUCCUCAGUGCUGUGUUACCAAAGUGGAGCUGUCCGUCUGCGGCAGUAACCUCCUAGAUCGAGAUGUCACCUCCAAGUCAGACCCUUUCUGUGUGCUCUUCUUGGAGGUGGAUGGCAAAUGGGUGGAGAUCGGGCGGACAGAAACAGUUUUAAACAACCUGAACCCCGUGUUUGGAGUAAAGUUCCAGGUGGAUUAUCACUUUGAGGAGAUCCAGAAGCUUAAGUUUGCCAUGUUCGAUGAGGACAAAUGCAGCAACCAAUUGUAUGAGCAUGACUUCCUGGGAGACUUCACCUGCACGCUCGGGGUGAUUGUCUCUAGUAAGAAAUUGCAUCGGCCUCUGACUCUGGCUAAUGGAAAACCAGCAGGAAAGGGUGCCAUCACUAUAACAGCACAGGAACUGUCAGACAACAGAGUAAUCACACUCAGCCUGUGUGGGAGGAAACUGGACAAGAAGGAUUUCUUUGGGAAGUCGGACCCUUAUCUGGAAUUCCACAAGGAAGGAGAGGAUGGGAAGUGGAUGCUGGUCCACCGGACAGAGGUGAUCAAGAACACCCUGGAUCCCGUGUGGGCGCCCUUCACGAUACCCUUCAUCUCUCUCUGCAAUGGUGACAUGGAGAAGAGUAUUAAGGUUAUCUGCUCUGACUUUGAUAAUGAUGGUGGCCAUGACUUCAUCGGGGAGUUCUACACCACUGUCGCCAGGAUGGCUGAAGCUCAGAACUCUGUCGAGGUUGAGUUUGAAUGCAUCAAUCCCAAGAAGCAGAAGAGAAAGAAGAACUAUAAAAACUCAGGUGUCAUCAUUUUGAAGUCAUGCAAGAUCUCCAGAAACUAUUCCUUCCUGGACUACAUUCUCGGUGGCUGCCAGCUCAUGUUCACUGUGGGCAUAGACUUCACAGCCUCAAAUGGUAACCCCAGAGAGCCCUACUCCCUGCACUACAUCAACCCCCUGGGUAACAAUGAGUACCUGGACGCCAUCUGGGCUGUGGGCCAGAUCAUACAGGACUACGAUUCGGACAAGAUGUUCCCUGCACUGGGAUUUGGAGCCCUGCUGCCACCCGACUGGAAGCUGUCACAUGAGUUUGCCAUCAACUUCAACCCCUCCAACCCUUUCUGCACAGGAGUAGAAGGAAUCGCACAAGCCUACUCCGCCUGCUUGCCCCACAUCCGAUUUUAUGGACCCACCAACUUUUCUCCCAUCAUUAAUCACGUGGCUCGAUUUGCUGCCCAGGCCCAGCACCAGAAGACAGCUGCGCAGUACUUCACCCUCCUCAUCAUCACAGACGGUGUGAUCAGUGACAUGGAUGAGACGCGCCAUGCUAUAGUGCAGGCAGCCAAGCUUCCCAUGUCCAUCAUCAUCGUGGGCGUGGGGAACGCCGACUUCACUGCCAUGGAGUUCCUGGAUGGAGACAGUAGCAUCUUACGCUCCUACACAGGCGAGGCUGCUGUCAGAGAUAUUGUGCAAUUUGUGCCCUUUCGGGACUUCCGUAACGCUCCGAAGGAAACGUUAGCCAAAUCUGUGCUGGCAGAGCUGCCCCAGCAGGUCACAGAGUACUUCAAACAGAGGAAUCUGUCGCCUAGCAACUGGGCUGCUGAGUAAAGCGGCUGCACUGAGCCGCCUGCUGGCUGCCAACAUUCCUUCACUGUUUACAAACAAAAUGAACGCAGCAAUAGACUUUUACAAAACAUGUUUGUAUUUACAUUGGUUUUCUUAUUUUUCCUUCCUCUCCUGGACUGGCGCCCAGGGCGUACCCCUGCCUUGUGCCCUGAUUUUCCCGAGAUAGGCUACAGACCCCCUUCCAGGUACCAGAUAACCACGUGGAGGAUUUUCCUGCCUUCACACUCCGAAAACCAGGAUUUUUAGAAGACAUGGACACUACUUGAUUUUCACUGGCUGAGCAGCAGAAACAAAUGACAAAAUAGUAUUGAAUGUAACUUUGUAAUAUGUAAUAUUUCUUUUUUAUUAUUAUUACUCCUGCUACUAUAUAUGGUUUAGCUUGUUUUAGCUUAUAAAAGCUGUUUAUUGCUAUUGUAUCAUUGCAAUGUAUUUUACGUGGUGAACUGUAAUGAAAUCUAUUAGUGUGCCUUGUCAAGGUUUUACGUUAAUUGUUUUAUACAGUGUGGCUUUUCUUUUUACUCUCAGGUGAAUAAACUAACAAACUGGAUGCCAUAUUUUAUAUAAGCAUUAUGUGUGGAGAGCAAAGUUAGAGAGUCUCUUGGAUGUUUUAGAGAGAAAUGGAAUGUGUCGUUUACAUCUGAGACUGGUGAUUUAAGUUGGGGAGAGAAAUUUAUGGAGCUGUCCUAAUGACCAUUGAUGGAGGAGAACCAUGUAACUUCUGACAUAAACCAGGCAUCUCUUCAAAGAUA